AAUGUCCCCCCACCCAUCCACCCCAUGCGCAUGCCCCUUAUCUGGUGAUGUGAAUUUGUAAACAAUGGAAUUUCUGUUACAACCAAAAUGCAGUGUUUACAAGUGAUAACCCCCAUGACAAGACACGAAUACCUCCAAACCAUCCUGCAAUGAAAUCAGCGAACUUGAACGUCCCAUCCAUCGCUUGAGACACCUCCACCGACUAGCCCCCUCACUUCGCCCGAAAAUAGCCUACCACCUGACCAUGCUCUCGCGCAAAAACAAGGACUUGAAAACGAUCAAGGAAGGGGUUGUUGGCAAAUACGUGAAAAAAGACACCCCACCCGAAAUGCCAAUCAUCAACGUGUGGACCACGGAGCCCAAGCGCCGCCUCUCGAGCCAGGGGCGCCAAUCGCUGCCCGCGAGCCUCACCAGGGGGGCCAACCAGAGCAGCAUCACCGUGCAGAAGUUCGGGAACCAGAAGACUAUCAUCAGCUCGGGGUUGGGGGCCCACCAGGGGAAGUACACCCCCAGCUCCUCGGUCCCGGAUUUGGCCACCAGGUUCGCGAAUUUGUCCACCAAUGAGAACAAUUCGCUGUAUACCCCCAGCUCGGCAGUGGCCCCCCAACACAUCUACAUGAAUCAGCAUUUCAAUGCCUCUUACAGUGACAAUUCGAAUGCGAAUUACGUCGAAAUCGAUCAAAUCUAUCCAUUAAACACUCAAGAUAACAAUUAUAAUAAUCGGAAUUCGCCGAUUUAUCAAAACACUGAUGGGGCACAUAAAAACCAAGACACGACCCCCAUUUAUAGCAAUGCGGGGGCUGAACGGUACUCUAAUCCGCUACAGGGCAUGACUUAUGGGGAAUCGCUUGCACAUCAUUUGAGACACUCUCUGGGGCGCAAUGAGAGCAGCACAGAUCAAUCUGAGGAGCUCCCUUUGCCCCCCGGCUGGUCCGUGGACUACACCCUCCGCGGUCGCAAAUACUACAUCGACCACAACACGAAAACGACCCAUUGGUCGCACCCCUUGGAGCGCGAGGGCCUCCCCACGGGAUGGCAAUGUGUCCACUCCCCCAUCUACGGCAUUUACUACGUCAAUCACAUUACGAAACAAGCUCAAUACGAGCACCCCUGUCUCGUGCCUUGUUACAAUUACCAGCCGGAGGUGCGGUAUUUCAACCCCCCGAGGACGACGCAUUACCAGCCCCACAGCGUCCUAGUGCCGGCGAACCCCUACCUCUUGGAGGAGAUCCCCCAUUGGCUCAACGUCUAUUUUAAUGCGAGUCCCGAUUUGGACCAUAAAUUGAAAUGGGACAUGUUCCGGUUGCAAGACUUGGACUGUUACAAUGGAAUGUUGACGCGGCUUUACAAGCAAGAGUUGCAGAAUAUUGUGAUGCGGUAUGAGACCUACAGGUCGGCGUUGCUCGUCGAAAUGGAGAAGUUUAGGAGUAGUAGAAAUGGGGCUGUGACUGGUCAAUAAAAUGUUCCUUUUUGUAUUAAUUCUAUCAAAUGUGAUUAUUUAUUCUUGUAUCGCUUCAUUGAUUUCGUAUUUAGUGACUUGUAGGCCUGAGACUCGCAUCACUUUGGCCUCCUUGAUGCCCAAGGUGCGGGCCCACUGUUGUGCUAAAGACACAAAUAAACGCUUUAUUUUAUUAA